GCAAUGGAUGGAAUAUGGCUGUUGCUGUUGCUGACAAUUAGAGUGCUUCCGGGGUCGACUCAGUUCAAUGGUUACAACUGUGAUGCCAACCUCCACAGUAGAUUUCCUGCUGAGAGAGACAUCAAUGUCUACUGUGGGGUACAGACCAUUACGAUGAAGAUUAACUUUUGCACUGUACUUUUCUCGGGUUAUUCUGAAACAGAUCUGGCACUGAACGGAAGGCAUGGGGAUUCCCACUGCAGGGGGUUCAUCAAUAACAACACCUUUCCAGCAGUGGUCAUUUUCAUCAUCAAUCUUAGCACCUUAGAGGGCUGUGGAAACAACUUAGUGGUAUCCACAGUUCCUGGAGUAAGUUCUCAUGGAAAUACAACCUCGGUACAGAUAGGAAACAUUUCAGGAUACAUUGAUACUCCAGAUCCACCAACAAUCAUCAGUUAUCUACCUGGGCUUCUUUAUAAAUUUAGCUGUAGUUAUCCACUAGAAUACCUGGUUAAUAACACGCAGCUUGCUUCGUCCUCGGCUGCUAUUUCUGUGAGAGAGAACAAUGGAACAUUUGUCAGUACUUUGAACCUGCUCCUGUACAACGAUUCAACCUACAGUCAGCAGUUAAUUAUCCCAAGUAUAGGAUUACCUUUGAAAACCAAAGUAUUUGCAGCUGUCCAAGCUACUAAUCUGGAUGGCAGAUGGAAUGUCUUAAUGGAUUAUUGCUACACAACCCCAUCUGGGAACCCAAAUGAUGAUAUUCGGUAUGAUCUCUUCCUUAGCUGUGACAAAGAUCCCCAGACCACUGUCAUUGAAAAUGGCAGAAGCCAGCGAGGCCGGUUUUCCUUUGAGGUGUUCCGAUUUGUGAAGCAUAAGAAUCAGAAGAUGUCCACCGUUUUCCUGCACUGUGUAACCAAGCUCUGCAGAGCUGAUGACUGUCCCUUCCUUAUGCCAAUUUGCGGCCACAGAGAAAGGAGGGACGCGGAGAGGAGGACCACUUGGAGCCCCCAGAGCACUUCUGGAAACGCAGUCCUCUCUGCUGGCCCCAUCAUUACUCGGAGCGAUGAGACGCCAACAAAUAAUUCACAGCUUGGUUCUCUGAAUGUAGCUCCUUUCCAGCUGAACACCAUCACCAGUGCACUGAUAUCGGGAAUGGUUAUUCUGGGAGUCAUGAGUUUUUCUCUUCUCCUUUGCUCAUUGGCCCUUCUGCACAAGAAGGGGCCCACCAGUUUGGUGUUGAAUGGCAUAAGAAACCCAGUCUUUGAGUGACUAUGCCAGGGUCUGCUCUUGGAGGAAGGCUUAACUCACUAUCCCAGUACAACUGCAGCCAGUUCACCAGAGUUGAAUGCCAGCUAUCAUUUGAUAUUUUAGCUUUGAUAGAUUUCACAGUAUAAUCUCAUCAGAACGAUGAUAGUGAAAUGAUUUUUCUAAUGUUGGUAUUAUUACUUGUAUAUGUGGCCAACCCUCUUUUUAUGACAUCAGUGGCAUACUGACAAUUAGUAAAACAUAAUCAGGAUUUAUAUCUUCCAGGAUCAGUCAUAUUUAAUUUCAUUUCAAAUUUCUUCAGAUUGUUGGUUUACAAGACAAAAAUUGGCAUAGAAAAAACAUGGAAUUUGUUUCAUUUUUCCCGUAAGCCUUAAAGAUCAGUGUAAUGGCUUUAAAUUUGCAUAUGUGGUCUUAUCAUGAACGGUGAUUUUUUUUCUUCUGUUACUAUAUUCCAGCUUAGGGUGAUAUAUUAAUUAGACCAUCCAAUUUGACAUCUGAAAAUCAGGUAUUUGUUCUCUAACCUACUGUGUUUGGGGGAUGAUUUUCAUGUCUGAUAACAUCCUUUAAAAAAUAAAUACAAAAUCAAACUCCUGGGAAAUGUAAAACAACCUGAGCCACCCAUUGCAAACCAAUAAAUAGGGAAAUCAUUGCUACUUUCCAAAGGACAUUGAGUGGUCUUAGAUCAUAUUACUCUGGAGUGACAGUGAUGGGUUUUCUUUCACGUUUAAGGGAUAAAACUUUGGUAUAAAAUUGCAGCAUACAUUAAUGCCUCUUGCAAGGAAAUAAUUCAGUUUCUACCACAGCUGCAAUUCCAGCAAUAAGGCAGUUGUGACACUCUCCCCUCCUCCUCCUCCUCCUCACCUUCAUUCUCCUCCUCUGAAGUUCUGGGGAGCUCCAUUUCAUAGAACUAAACCCAGAAUAUUACUUAUGCUAGGCAUGAGCUACCCCAACUUUACAAAUAAUAUUUCUAUUCAAAAGUCAUUGCAUGGAAAACAAGCUAUAUAGCAAGAGGACAUGAUCACCCCUCAAGCUCAGUGUUCACAUAAGGGUUUAUAACAACCUUUGCUCCCUUUUUCUCCUAGAACAAAAAGAGACUUAGAUUAAAUGGAACUUGCAGAAGUUUGCUGGUGUCUACUUGAAUAAAUUGCUCUUCUAAGAGCAAUUUUCCUAAGUUAUCUUCUGGUAGAUGCCAUAAUUAUCAUGUGAUAAACAGAAUUUUCUUGUAAUAGUAAGCUCUAAGAGCAUUUGACUCUUUAUAGUUUUGCGGAAUUUUUUUAAAAGUCAAGUUUGAAGUACCCAUGUUUUAAAAAUCAGUCUUCUCUUUGUUCAAACUAUCUACUAUGACCAAAUAAACAACUCAAUGACCAACACCAAAACUUAGCAUAUGUGGCCCCUAGAAGUGCUAUGUUAACUGUAAAAUAUUGCUAUAACGAUUUUUAUUUAAUAUUCAUGUCCCAUUGUUCAGGACUUACUAUACUACACACAAAUCAUUAUGCAGUUUUAGCUUUGCUUGAAAUGGAGUAUCUACACUAUAAGUUAUUAAACAAAUCAUCAAGCCAAAAAUCACCUUUUCCCCCUUAUUUGCCUGAAUAUUUCAGAAGCAAGUGUCUGUGUUAUGAUGAUUAGCUAUAAUUGCUUCCGCUCUUCUAUCAUGAAGUGUAGGAACAAAAUGGAAGCAAGAUCUGCAAAAUCUCUAGAUAAUUUCUCCAACAUCAAAAAAUGUUUAAAUCACUUAAAAAAAACCAACCUCUUCUUCCCUGUGUUACUUCAAAACACCUUUGAAGUGAAAAUUCUUUUAUCGUGCUAACUUGAUGAACAGAUUGCGCUACUAAUGUGACCAUGCGUGUGCAUGAGUAGUAUUGAAAAAUUCCGGCAAAUCUACUUCAGAUACGCUAAGUGAAUUGCCAUUGAUCUGAGGAUUAAGUUUUGUGAAUAGGACAUUAUAUCAUUGGAGCUGGUUUGGCAGUUUGAUUUUUAUGCUUUUGGGAUGGCUACUGUUUCAGUUUUUGACCUUUUAAAUUCUGUAGUCCAUUGUAUAGAACUGCAUGAUGGACAUACGUCAUUUUGGAAGCAACUUAAGUCUCCUAUUAUUUUUUGCCACCCUUUCUUCUUUUUUUGGAGUUAUAAUGAAAUAAACCAGGUUUGUUUGAGGGCAUUGUCAGCUUUGUUCUUACAAACCUGCUAUUUUCUGUAGUAUUUACUUAGACUGAGUUUAUUGUAGUAUGAAAACCUUACAAAAUACGUGCAAAUUUCCUUUCAGUUUUAAUACCUCAAACUGUUUUUUUGCA